GUUUCACCGGGGCGAUAGUGCGAGUUGGACUGAGCCCCAACUUCACCGAGAACCUGCCGUGCGGCUCACCGGCUACCAGCGAACAGUCUAAGAAAGGAGCUGAGAUCCCGUUCCUGUGCGAGCCAUCGCGGAUGGCUAGGUAUAUCAGCUUGGACAUCGAUACCUCCAUGCCCGGUGUGGAUCCGAGAGAGGCAUAUCUGCAACUUGCCGAGGUGACGGUGGAAAACGUCACGUCUGGUGAGUGUGCUGCCCUCCCUGUUUAUGGGAAAAAUACAUCACAGAGCUCAACAUGGGACGCUCACCCUUCUUAUAAGGCUAUAGAUGGACGGAAAUAUACCUACACGCACACUGAUGCUAAUGAUCCGCAUCCUUGGUGGCUGCUGAAACUAGGUAGCAAGCACUGCUUGGGUAGAAUCAACGUCACCCUCCGAAUGAAUGGAUGGGGUUUUCGUUUCAUCGGGGCGAUAGCCCGAGCUGGACUGAGCCCCAACUUCAACGAGAACCUGCCGUGCGGCUCACCGGCUACCAGCAAUCAGUCUAAGAAGGGGGCCGAGAUCCCGUUCCUGUGUGAGCCACCGCGGCUUGCUAGGUAUGUCAGCUUGGACAUCAAUACUUCCAUCCCCGGUGUGGAUGCAGCACGUGCAUUUCUGCAACUUGCCGAGGUGGCGGUGGAAGAGUACACGUCUGGAGAGUGUGCUGCUCCUGGUUAUUUGGGAUGUUUUGGGGACGCUGAAUAUCGUUCCCUAUCGGUCGGCCCAGCAGCCACAGAAUAUGAACAGUCGGUAGAGUGGUGCUUCAGAAACUGUUUGGAACCUACGGAGUAUAAAUAUGCGGGAAUGGAAUACAAAUACGAAUGCUGGUGUGGGAAUGACAACUACGAUAAACACGGUAAAGAGCCGGAUUCCGAUUGCAAAUAUUUUUGCCCCGGAAACAGCAAUCAGAUCUGUGGAGGCAAAUGGCGCAUAUCCGUGUACACAGUAUCACAAGGAGUGUGUAGUAACGACAUAGGACCACCCACCAACGGAGACCACACCAUCACCAACCCGCGUUCACUGUCUUACAAUCUCAUCAACUACAAGUUCUUCGGGACUCGUGUGGAUUUCUCCUGCGACCCUGGAUAUACCCUCCAUGGAGCAUCCAGCAUUGAAUGCAUUGAGACUGGCUACAACAACGUCACGUGGAGUGACUCGGUACCAACAUGUGAAGAUAAUGUUUGUAUCAACCCAAACCCCUGUCAAAAUGGCGGCACGUGUAUUCCACAGUCCACCGGUGAUUUCUAUAACUGUUCCUGCCCCGCCGGGUUUAUUGGAGGGGAUUGCCAAAAUUCAGCCGAUGACCCUUGCAUGACUAACCCCUGCCAGAAUGGCGAGCAGUGCAUGCCGCAAGGCAACUCGUAUGACUGUACGUGCCAAAAUGGCGCCACGGGCAACAACUGUCAAAACGCUAAUGCAAACACCACGACGAUCAAUGUUGUUGUUGUCAUUGUCGUUGUCGUCGUCGUCUUGAUCGUCCUGCUGGUCAUUGUCGUGGUUUGCUUUGUCAAAAGGUCACGGCGCAAUCGCAGAGCCAGCCGGCUGUCUGCAGUCGAUAGAGGGCGUGGACAGGAGCUCAUCCAAAAGAAAUUGUCGAAUGUUUAUUUGAUUGACACUCUCCAAGCAUCGACAUCGGAAUUAAAUGGACCGGCCAAGGAGUUCCCGCGGGACAAACUGCACAUCCUCGGCCAGUUAGGCAGCGGCUCGUUUGCUGUGGUCUACAAGGCCGAGGCAGAGGGAAUCAUCCGUAGGGGAACCAAUACGACGGUGGCCGUGAAGAUGUUGAAAGAAUGUGCUACACCCAACGAUCAGAGUGAUUUCAAGAAAGAGUUGCGACUGUAUUCCAUGUUGGACCGACAUCCCAAUGUCCUGUCUAUGCUCGGAUACUGCACUGAUAAAGACCCGAUGUACAUAAUCCUGGAGUACGUUCCCCAUGGAGACCUGCAAACCUACCUGCGACACAUUCGGACGGGCACCGAACCCUUCUACCUGAAGAAAGAAGAGUUCAAGGAGAAGAAGGACCUGACACCGACUGAGAUCCUGACUUUCGCAUCUCAGGUGGUCAGGGGGAUGGAGUACCUAGCAUCGAAACAGUGUAUCCACAGGGACUUGGCGACCCGCAACAUCCUCCUUGGCGAGGGACUGAUAUGCAAGGUGUCCGACUUCGGACUGGCUCGAGACGUGGCCGAGAAAAGCCAAUACGAAAUGCAAUCGCAGGGCAGGGUACCAGUUCGUUGGAUGGCUCCUGAGUCACUGCUUACUAAUAUGUACACGAUCAAGAGUGACGUAUGGUCUUUUGGUGUUCUUCUGUGGGAACUGGUUACGUUAGGAUCGCAUCCAUACCCCGGCAUGUCAUCGCAAAAGGUCAUCGAUGAAAUAAAGCAGGGCUACCGACUACCCAAACCAGAGCAUUGUAGCGACGACAUAUACCAGAUAAUGAUGGACUGCUGGCAGGAGAAACCUGAAGACAGGCCGGAUUUCGCUGGUCUUCACACCACCAUAGACGACAUCCUUGCAGAUGCAGCGGGCUAUCUCGAGAUGGGAAAUCUUAACCCGGACGAUUACGUGUACUUGAAAUCUGGCCAAAGUUCGACCAGCAUCACUCACUCACCCACUCGUUCGCCCACAGGCAGCAUCGAGUCGGGCUGAGUAAUCGCGUACAUUCACUACACGCGUCACGGCUGUGAAAAAGAUGGCCGGUGCAGAGUGAAAUGCCCUAGGGCAAGUUCGAGUGAAAAUUUUCGUUUGCCAUAUCAGUUGAACUUCUGGAGCUAUUGACAACCCGACCCCGGAGCUUAUUCUCGCGCUAGUUCUGAUUUCACCAACGACGUGGCGCCCUUAGGUGGCAUGCAUCUGUCAAGUUGCAGUACCAGAUAAAUUGCAGAGUGUAUUAAGUGAAAUUUAAGCUUCAGAAAACAAUUUUUAGGAAGAGAGAAGCUCAAAAUGGAUUGCCCCCAAAACGUGUGUUUGUGGUGGCUCCACUUCUGGAAAACACUAAAAAUCUAUGUAAUUAUGUCUUUGUGAAGUUUCCUGUUGAGAAAAGUGGGAACAACCGUUUUCACUGCAGGCAUGAUGAGCCCCCCCCCCUUUUUAAGUGGCUGUCACGCCCCUAAAACGGUGGAUUUGCGAUGGCUUCACAUCUGAAACAUUUUUUUUUGCAUGAAUAUGAUCAUCUGUUCAAAGUUUCACGCUCUAAUGAAAAAUUGCACAAUUCAUCGAUAUUUUGUCACACAGAGUCCGCUGGACUGUUAGCAGAGCACUUUUUAUUUAUAUUAGCUUCGAAAUGCUUACUUUCCUUGGUGGUUAUUCUUUUUAAUCGGUAAUUGAGUGGCUGCAUUUGAAAUGGGAUGUAUACAACAUAUCAUGAAAUCAUUUGUAAAUGGUAUUUUUUUUUGUCAUUCGUGUUAUGAACUAAAUGUGGUAAGGUAUAACAAUACCUAAUUCUACGUUCAUCGACUGAAUGUAGUUUAGAAUUUACCCAGGCACGGUAUAUAAUCUGACUGCUAAAUUGGUUUUGUUAAUAAUCUUGUACAUGUGCAAACGUACAAAUUUAGUGUCAAUUUCAUGUUGAAAAUAAAUAUUUUUAUUUUUAUUGCCUUGAAAAGUAUAGUUUAACUGGAUGUCUCACAACUUUAUAUGCACAGAACUCGGAAAUUGUUGAAGUAUAUUAUGUCUACAAGAAAUUGUCAACUAGCUGUUUAUAAAAUUUACACUUGUUAAACAUUUUUUUAAUUCUCUACAAAUACAAAAACUGUACUAUAUACUUAAAAGUGAGAAAGCAUUGUUCAUGUUCAACGUGUACAUAAUUCCAUUCAGUGCUACUCCAGUUUUAGCUGGAUGCCUCGACCAGAACCCAAUGUCACUGACGUGAUUACCGAAAAGACUGAACAUAUCGGUCAAGUGAGAACCAGGCAAUAGCAAUUAUAACAUUUGUUUCAGCAUUUACUGCACACCAUAUGUGGAAAGGAGCCUUAUUAAUAGUCGUGAGGCUUGACAAGAUUGACAGAUAAUGCAAACACCAUGUGUUACAGCUUUGAAAAAUGGAAAUACUUUCACUUUUUAAUGAAAAACACUGAACACGUCGACAUGAUUUUUGAUUUGAAU